CUCAAGUGAGCUGCGCCUUUGGGCAUGGCGCAAACCCUAGGUAGCCUGGGGCAUUUCCCAGCAGCUCCUGGACAAAGCCACCAUAGCUACAAAGUGAACAAGUCGGAAGGAAAGUCCACCCAGGGCACUCAAUUUCAAGCCAAGCGCCAUGGUCAUGUGGGAGCUUCCGGGGCUCGAGAAUGCAGGAUCCUCUCUCCUCUCCCUCUCUGCCCCGUCCACAGCGGCCUGGGUUGGGACGGUGGUGCUAGCCGUCUGUCUCAUCCUGCUCCUGGGCUGCAUUCUCUUCUUCUGCCUGUGGAGACGCCACAGGCUCGACUUCGUUAUUGCCGAGUUCCGGAGGCUAGUCCAGAUCCUUUGGGAGUACUCGAGGCUCGUGUGAUCUCUUGUGAUAUGUGUGCUUUACUCAGAUUGGAAAAGAAGAAUUAGUCUUGAUACGGGAUUCA